AUGACAUCAAACAUUGCAGAGUCAUUGAAUGCGGUAACCAAAGAUGCAAGAGAGCUGCCCGUAGUGAAACUAUUAGAGUACAUGAGGACUCUUCGUGAACAUUGGACUAAUGAAAAGUUAUUGAAUGCAAAGGGUAUGUUCACAUACCUUGGGAAAAAAUACAACAAAGAGUUGGAGGACAACAGGACAUUAUCGCAAAAGAUGAGAGUGAGGGCUUCAACAUAUUACAUCCAUACUGUGAUAGAUGGUGUGAAGCGCUUCAUUCUUGAUGAACUUCCUUGUGCACAUGCUUUGGUGGCUUUGAGGCACAGGAUUGAGCCUUAUGAAAUCUAUUAUUCUCCUUAUUACACGAGCGAGAGACAUAUGCAGACUUAUGAAAUACCAGUAGACCCACUGCCUGACGAAAGCAAAUGGAAUGUGCCACAACAUAUAGCUGAAGAAGUUGUAAAGCCACCUACCGGGAAAAGGCAGCCAGGGAGACCUCAAAAACAAAGAUACAAACCAUAUGAUGAAGUAAAUGCAAAAAAGUACAAGGCUUCAUGUGGCAACUGCGGAGUAGAAGAGCAUAACAAAAGAUCUUGUAUGAAUGCUCCCAAAAGGAAAUAA